CCCUGUUGUUACCUCGCCCUCUCCGGGCAGCGUGAUACCUGCGCCGGGAUUUGCCCAGGCGACCUUCGACGACAAAACUGCUUAAACUCUGACAUUUCAGAAUCUGACGUACAAGGUGACCAUGGGGAAAGGCAGCGGCUCUGGAGGGAAGUCACAGAAGGACUUGUUGAAGAACAUCAAUGGAGAGGCUCGCCCUGGGGAGAUCUUGGCCAUUGUGGGUCCAUCGGGAGCGGGGAAAUCCACUCUCCUGGACGCGCUUGCUGGUCGGAUCACGGCCAAAAGUCUAGAGGGUAUCAUUAUGACCAAUGGAACACUCAUGGGCAGCAAGCAGUACCGCAAGCUUUCUGGGUACGUUAUGCAAGACGAUAACCUGUUUCCGCACCUCACAGUGAAAGAGACGCUGAUGUUCAGCGCUCGCCUCCGGCUUCUUGGUGGCAUGCCGAUGCACGUCAAAGCCGCGCGCGUCGACAUGCUUAUCGCGAUGUUGGGCCUCCGUGAAUGCGCACACACCCGGAUAGGCAACGAGCAAGUCCGCGGUGUGUCCGGGGGCCAGAAGAGGCGGGUCUCCAUCGGUGUGGAUCUGAUCCAUGACCCCGCCGUUCUGUUCCUGGACGAGCCGACGUCUGGACUCGAUAGCACCUCCUCGCUGAACGUGGUCCAGAACUUGUACCAGAUUGCGACCACUCGCCGGCGCACCAUCUUGUUGACCAUUCACCAGCCUAGCUUUCGCAUCCUGGAGCGUAUCCACAACCUCAUGAUCUUGGCACGUGGCUCCUUGGUGUACAGCGGUAGUUACCCCGACCUGUCGAUCUUUCUGACCGACUACGGCAGACGCGUUUCCGACCAUGUCAAUGUGCUGGAGUUCGCUCUGGACGUGAUCGAGAAGCUGCAGGAGUCGCCGCACGGUGUCGAUUCCCUUGCCGAGUUCCACUCCACCAGAUCCCAAUCCAAGCUCCGGCCUUCCUUGUCUGGAUUGAGCAAUAUCGGACAGCUGGCAGAGGCUGCAGACUUCGCCACGAGUCCAUUCACGGAGACGUUGACUCUCUGCCACCGCAACCUCAUAAACAUAGUUCGAACUCCGGAGUCGUUUGUGUCUGGGCUCGGCCUGAUGCUCGUCACGGGAAUGAUUCUGGGCUCGCUUUUCUACGGCGUGGGCAACGAUGAGAGGGGUACCUUCGACAGGAACUCCUUCUUUUCCUUCGCUUGCGUCCUCCCGAUGCUUAGCGGCAUUAACGCUCUUCCCAUUUUCUAAAUGGAAAGGAACAUUUUCAUGCGGGAGACGAGCCGAGGAUCUUAUCGCACGUC